AUGGGUACUUUUAAUAACACCAUCAAGUGUGUCGUCGUUGGGGAUGGUGCAGUUGGUAAAACCUGUCUAUUGAUUUCCUAUACUAGCAACCAAUUUCCAGAAGAUUACGUUCCAACGGUGUUUGACAACUACGCGGUCACCGUUAUGAUUGGUGACGAGCCAUACACAUUUGGUCUAUUUGAUACUGCAGGUCAAGAAGAUUAUGAUAGACUAAGACCAUUAUCGUAUCCACAAACAGAUAUAUUUUUGAUUUGUUUCUCUGUUGUGGUUCCCUCAUCAUUUGAUAACGUCAAGGAAAAAUGGUUCCCAGAGAUUUCACAUCAUGCACCACAUGUUCCAUGUAUAAUAGUUGGUACCCAGAUUGAUUUGAGAAGUGAUCCAACUGCCCUUUCUAAUCUAGCAAGGCAACAUCAGAAGCCAAUAACUGCUCAACAAGGUGAAAGGUUGGCAAGAGAACUAAAAGCAGUCAAAUAUGAUGAAUGUUCAGCUUUAACACAGGUUGGUUUAAAGAGUUUAUUCGACGACGCAAUUGUUGCAGCCCUUGAACCACCUGUCAUAAAGAAAUCGAAAAAGUGUACUAUUUUGUAA